AUGGAUGAAGAGAAUUUCACGGAACAUGGCAUUGGUGAACUACCUCAAAAUCUUUACGACGAAGAACAGCUGAACUCUUUCAACAAUACGGCGCAGUAUAAUGAAGAGCCUGGUGGUAACUCAUACAACGAAGAGCCUGGAAACCAAUAUGACGAAGGAGCUGGGGAUGCAUACAACGAGGUGCAAGCAAAUUUGCUCAGCGAAGAACCAGAAACUCAGUACAAUGAUGAACCAGCAAACGCUUACCAGGACGAGAAUGCAUACAAUGGGGAAGUGAAGCAGCAGGAAAAUUUGCAGGUAGAGGGAGAUGAUAAGAGGUGGCCAGGUUGGCCAGGAGAUAGCGUUUUCCGUAUACUGGUCCCAUCCCAGAAGGUUGGUGCUAUCAUUGGCCGCAAAGGGGAGUUUAUCAAAAGGAUGUGCGAGGAGUCUAAAGCUCGCAUAAAAAUACUAGAUGGCCCACCUGGUGUAACAGAACGAGCAUGCAGCGUUGUUUGCUUGAUGCUCAUUGACUUAAGGACAUUUUUAGUUGCGCUGGUAAUAAUUUCAGCAAAGGAUGAGCCAGAUGAACCGAUAUCUCCAGCUAUGGAUGGCUUGCUUAAAAUUCAUAAGCGGAUAACUGAUGGUUCAGAUGGUGAAUCUGGUCAGCUCCAACGGGGUGCUAGUAAUGUAGGACCAACACGACUGCUAGUGCCAGCUUCCCAAGCUGGCAGCCUUAUUGGGAAGCAAGGAGCAACCAUUAAAUCCAUCCAAGAUUCUUCAAAGUCAGUUGUCCGGAUUGUUGAAAAUGUGCCCCCUGUUGCACUAAAUGACGAUAGAGUUGUGGAGAUACAAGGCGAGCCUCUUGGUGUCCACAAAGCAGUGGAGUUGAUAGCAAGUCACUUGAGAAAAUUUCUUGUUGACCACAGCGUUCUCCCACUAUUUGAACAGCAAAUGAAAAUGCACAGUGUGCAGAGAGAGCAGCCCAUGGCAGCCCCACAGCAUUGGGCGCCUACUCAACCCUGGGUUCCUCCUCCAAGUCUCCCUCCUGGUGGUCCAGGUUAUGGUGGAAAUCCACAGUUCAUGCCUCCAAGGCCACAAGACAACUAUUAUCCCCGUCCAGAUGUGCCGCCUAUGGAAAAGCAGCCGCACUAUGGCAUUUCUGCAUAUGGACGUGAGGCACCACCAAGUGGUACUUCAGGCAAUCAACCACCACUGCAUGUGGCCUCUCAGGUACAUAACAUGCAAAUUCCUCUCUCCUAUGCUGAUGCUGUGAUUGGGGCGGCUGGUGCUAGUAUCAGCUAUAUCCGUAGGCACAGUGGUGCAGCAGUAACUAUUCAAGAAAGCAGAGGCGCACCUGGAGAGAUGACUGUGGAGAUAAUUGGAAGCGCAUCCCAAGUUCAAACUGCCCAGCAACUGAUCCAGCUGAGCUACCUCAUUGGAUACAAAAUACAUGUUGAGUUGAGUUGGAACAAUCUGCUAAAUUUGGAAGACUGGGUAAAACAAAUUGAAUCGAACUUGGUAGCUACCGUUCCCAGGAUGGUGUGGCUUCUUGACGAUUACUAUGAUGUUGAACACCAGGCCUAUAGGAUGUCAGUGAAGAAGGAGAAGCUUUUACCUAUGAAGAUUCGGUCUCACGGGGCAUCGUCGAGUGUCAUGAUGUAUGAUGAGCGGUACACACCGUACAUCGAGAUGGAAGGACUCCUCUCGUUCAUUCAUUUGGUCAGCUGGUCGACGCCCAACCUCAACGCUGCAGGAAUCACCUCUCUUGUUGAUCGGUGGAGGCCAGAGACACACGGUUUCCAUAUCCGAACCGGGGAGAUGACCACGACGCUUCAGGAUGUUUCCACGAUCACUGCACUUCCUAUCGAGGGGAAAUCUCUUUGUAUGAGCAUCGAUUCUGAGGGGUGGCGACAGCAGAUGGAAGCUCUUAUUGGUAUGGCCCUGAAGAGGCGCCAACAGAUGGAGACAAGAAAGAACUAG